AUGCCACCCGAGACUGCGUGGGACAGGAGCACUGUCGCCCCCAACAGGCUUGCAGCCUGGUGGUCCCGGACAAACUGGCCUAGAAGGAUCCAAGCAGCUCUCCAAGGACUCAAGGCCAUCUGCCCACCUCUCUCCACCUUUUACCUCCUCUUUGUGAUCUUCGUGUUGUCUACCAUUUUCCACUGCCACCGGCGCCUCAGUCUGGUGCCUGCCCCCUGGGCCUCGUCAGCCCUUGUGGUCUUAUCCCCAAGACACCUGCCCCGGGAAGGCAUGUUCACCAUCAAUGUCAGAGGCCGGCUGGGGAACCAGAUGGGCGUCGCCACAUUGUUUGCACUGGCCAGGAUGAAUGGACGGCUUGCGUUCAUCCCCGCAUCCAUGCACAGCACUCUAGCGCCCAUCUUCAGGAUCAGCCUCCCGGUGUUACACAGCGACACGGCCAGAAGGAUACCGUGGCAGAAAUACCAUCUCAACGACUGGAUGGAGGAGCGUUACCGCCACAUUCCGGGACACUAUGUGCGCUUCACGGGCUACCCGUGCUCCUGGACCUUCUACCACCACCUGCGCCCGGAGAUCCUGAAGGAGUUCACCCUGCAUGACCACGUGCGGGAGGAGGCCCAGGCCUUCCUGCGUGGUCUGCGGGUGAAUGGGAGCCAGCCGAGUACUUUUGUGGCUGUCCAUGUGCGUCGAGGGGACUAUGUGCAUGUCAUGCCCAAGGUGUGGAAGGGCGUGGUGGCUGACCGGGGUUACCUGGAAAAGGCCCUGGAUAUGUUCCGGGCACGCUAUUCAUCUCCAGUCUUCGUGGUCACCAGUGAUGACAUGUCCUGGUGCCGGAAGAGCAUCAUUGCUUCCCGAGGGGACGUGGCAUUUGCUGGCAAUGGCCUUCGAGGAUCGCCUGCCAAGGACAUUGCAUUACUCAUGCAGUGCAACCACACCGUCAUCACCUUGGGUACCUUUGGUAUCUGGGCUGCCUAUCUCACAGGUGGGGAUACUGUUUACCUGGCUAACUUUACCCAGCCCAGCUCCCCUUUCCAUAAGGUUUUCAAGCCAGAAGCAGCUUAUCUGCCUGAGUGGGUGGGCAUUGCUGCUGAUCUGGGACACCCAAACAGAGGAGCCCCUGGCCAUGCCUCAGCCAGAGCCCCCAAGAGUCACCGGAGGACCUUGCUGUAGUACACAUGCUCAGAGGGGCGGGCGGGGGGAGGGUAUGUUGUCCUUGUGCUCGUGCUUGGGACCUCACAGGGAUUCCCAGUUCUGUUUUGCAUGCUUCUCAGCUGAGUGAUUGCAGGUCAAUGAUGUCACCUCACUGCCUUCCUGAAACUCUGAGCACAGCCUGGACUUAGCUCAGCAGCAACAGCACAGGUACUUUGAGCUCCUCCAUGCCCACACUGUUAGCCGCCAUAGGCCUAACAUUGGCUGCAUCUGGAGUGCUGUGUCACGGAGGCCAGUGUGUAGUUAGGGUUUCUGUGGCUCUGAUAAAACACCGUGGCCAUGGACAA